GGGACCGCCCCGGGGCAGGGCCCGCCGGCCAUGGCCACGCCCCCGCCCCGGGGCGCCGGUCCAGCUGCUCUGCGCUUCGCAGCCGCAGCCAGCUGGCAAGUAGUGUGCACAGGCUGCGUGGAGCAUUUCCCGCGAGUACUGGAGUUUCUGCGAGCUCUGCGUGCAGCAGCCCCCGGCUUGGUUCGCUACCGGCACCAUGAACGCCUGUGUAUGGGCCUGAAGGCCAAGGUGGUGGUGGAGCUGAUUCUUCAGGGCCGGCCUUGGUCUGAGGUCCUGAAUGCCCUGAAUCACCACUUCCCUGAAUCUGGACCUGCAUUGCGGGACCCCAAAGCUACAAAGCAGGACCUGAAGAAGAUUUUGGAGGCACAAGAAAGUUUUUGCCAGCAGGUGAAGCAGCUGUCAGAGGCCCCUGUGGAUUUGGACUCGAAGCUGCAGGAACUUGAACAAGAAUAUGGGGGACCCUUUCUGGCUGCCAUGGAAAAGUUGUUUUUCGAAUAUUUGUGUCGGCUGGAAAAAGCACUGCCUAUACCGCAGGCACAGCAGCUUCAGGAUGUGCUGAGUUGGAUGCAGCCUGAUUUUUCUGUCACCUCUUCUCUUGCCUUGAACCAAUAUGGUGUGGACAUGGGGUGGCCACUUCCAGAGUGCUCUGUUGCUGAUUCAAUGAACCUGAUAGAGACCACGGAACAGAAUCCUCCUCAACAACCAAGACUAGCACUCUACAAGCCUCUGCCAAAAGCCAAGCCUGGCCCAUACCUUCCUCAGGGACCAGCUUUAAGGAAGCAGCCAGAACCUUUAGCUGGCCACCACUUCAAUCUGGCCCCUAUAGGCCGGCGAAGAGUCCAGUCCCAAUGUGUGUCUGCUAGGGGAGGCCAUAAGGAGUGCCUCACAGUCACUCCUAAAGGACCUGGACCCUUUAUGAUUGGCUCACCAACCCAGGUCAUAUCUAAGCCUGAGAACAGGGAAGAACAUGGGAAACACAAAACACAUCCAGCAGGUGCUGUGGGCACAAGAGCAGCCUCCACUGGGAAGUCUAAGGGUCCAUGCCAGACUCUGGGGGGAAGGGCUCUGAAGGAGAACCCAGUUGACUUGUCUGCCUCAGAGCAAAAGGAGAAUUGCUUGGAUUGCUACAUCGACCCCCUGCGACUAUCAUUAUCACCUCCUAGGGCAAGGAAGCCAGUAUGUCCUCCGUCUCUGUGCAGCUCCAGCAUUACCAUAGGGGACUUGGUUUUAGACUCUGAUGAGGAAGAAAAUGGCCAGAGGGAAGGAAAGGUGAGUAGGAAGGAGCAGAAAGCUAGGAAAGGGGAUGGGCAGAACAAGACUGAGAAAACCACAUCCUCCAGAAUUUGGAGGGCUAGGGAAAUGGUUUUGUAUGGAAGAAUCUCCCUGCUCCCUUCUCUACAGGAGUCUUUGGAAAACUAUCAGAAGACAAAGCUUGACACUCUGAUCCCCACCUUCUGUGAAUACCUCCCCUCUUCUGGCCCCAGUACUAUGCCUAUCACUUCCAGUGACUGUAUAGACAGCUCUAGACCCCUAUGAUAGGCCUAAAAUGUCCUCUGCCUGUCUCCUGCCUUCUCAUCCCUGCAAGCAGGCUUGGAUUGUCUGACUGCACUGCUAAAAAUACUUUGUAAUGCUUAAUAAUUAAAGUUUGGAUUUGUUAAUACACUGUCUUGAUGUGAGGGAGAGAAAUUAAGAUUUCUGUAAAGCCAGCAUAGGCCAUUCCUUAGAAACAGAACUAGCCUCUCUAGAGCUGGAAGAGUCCUUUUUUCUUUUUUCCUUCCCUUGGAAAGUGUUGUUCAGCUGUGCCCAGAAGAGUUACUAGUGUUGAGGACCUGGAUAAAAAUGUUAUUUUGCUGUUCUGAAAAUAUAUAUGUCCUAAUGCCA